CCCUCCGUGUGGAAACAACAUCCUCCUCCUCGCCGCUCUCGCUGUCAUUCGUCCAAGGCAAAGCCAGCCGGUGCGAUCGUGGCGCUGGCGGAGUGGAGCAGCGAGAGCCGCAUGUAAAUGAACAUCUCCCCCCGCCGUAUUAUCACCUGAGGAUCACGGAAAGCUGUCCCAUUCUCGGCGACGGGACCGCGGCGUGUGUGGGAGAUCGGAGAUUAAAGUGCACUUUGGAGCCGCUCGCCGCUCGGCGCUGCUCGUCGCACUGCACGAGGAGAGGAGGAGUGCCUCUCUGCCGCCCCCUGCUGACCAUGCGGAGUGCGUGUGCGGUGGUCCUGGCUCUGGUUGCUGCAGCCCUCAGCGCAGCAGACUCCGACACGCACAGACCGAGACAUGACUCCAACCUGGAGAUCUACAAGCGGCUGUUUGAAACCAAGAGGAAAGAUCAGCUGAACGCUCUGAAGAACCUGGUUGAGCUGAACGAUAUCAACCAGCAGUACAAGAUCAUAGACAUCAUGCUCAAAGGACUCUUCAAGGUGCUGGAGGACUCGAGACAGAUCCUGGUCGCGGCCAACAUGCAGCCAGACGACCCGUUCCCCAUGGAUGAUAAGAUCAAAGAAGCUUAUUCCCAUGUGGUGGAGAACACAGCGUUUUUCGGCGACGUGGCGUUGCGUUUUCCCCGUAUUGUCCACCACUACUAUGACCGCAACGCUGACUGGGGGGGUCUGCUGCGUUGGGGGCUGCGUUUCUGCAACCUGACAGGAGUUUUCACCGGAGGGGCCCACCAACACGUCCUCACCCUGAUGUCACAAGAGCUGGGAAUAACAGAGAAAUCCCCAGACUUCACCAACCCAUACCGCACAGAGAGAGACGAUGUGCUUCACACUGCAGAGGCUUUCCAGAAGAUCCUCAGGGAGGAGGAGAAGAGGAGGAGAAAGGAAGAGAAGAGGAAAGAAAUCAGGAAGGGACCGCGCAUCUCCCGCUCGCGCACCGAGCUAUAGUGCUGCACUUCACUGUUUUUGGAGAGCGGAGCAGAGCGGAGGGGAGAGGAGGCGAGGGGGAGACGAAGAGCAUAAAGCAUACGCACAGUCCACAAAGGGGUGGCUUGAGUUGUAGACUCCGGUGACAGUGGAAAUAUUGUGUGGAGGCCAGGUGCUCUGUUGAAAAUGAAAGAGGAACCUUUGAUGUGACACAAAAACAUUAAAGAGGAAGUGAAGGAUCAUGCUGUUGCUGGCAGUGGCCUCAGUGAACUGCUGUACUCAGGUGCAGUGAAUUCAAAUUGGAAAAUAAAAAGAUGCUAUAGGAGGUAAAGUCAUUUCUGGAAUAGGAUUUGAUAAGGGAUCCUCACUUUUGAUAAUUAGAGGAUUACAUACCUGUACUUGAGAAUAUCAUUAAUUUUAGUAUGAUGAAUUUGCCUAAAAAAAACAAUUGCAAAAUCCAUUGUAUGGGGUCUUGUCUAAGUUUAAUGUGUCUAAAACCCAUAUGCUUCAAUAAGUGUGGUCUGCCAAAUUAAAAGCUGCUCUCACCACAUUUAAAUGUGGCCUGUUAGCUUAAGCUUGAAUCUGUGAAUUUUUUUUUUUUUUUUUUUAAAUCUGUGUUUCCUUCCUUUAACCCAGAGCUAGAUUUGUUAGAAGAGAUUUAUAUAAGGAUGUUUGUGAAUGGAUAGAUUUAUGUUACCACUGCAUAACUACAUUGUUUGGAAUUACAUGCGCUACCAUUGGCUCAUUCACUCUGUCAUUUUGAAUAAUUAAACAUUCUUCCCCCACAGAGAAGAUCCUCAGUGAAAUUGCCUUUUAUCUGUUUGGCAACCUCCCUCAAACCAUGUGCACUUCCUUUUGUCACCCAUAUCUACUGUUUGAUCGCCCGGUAGUUAAUGGAACAGCUUUGACCUUGUGGAGAAAAAACAAAACAAAACAAAACAAAUGUCAUCAUUCAUCUUUCAGCCCAGCACUUAUUUCUUCAUUAGGCUAUUUUGUUUUUAUAGAAGUCUUUUUUUUUUUCUUUUUAUAUUUUGCUGGAAAUUGACAUAUUUUAAUGAAUUAGAUCUAUCAAAUUGAGAGGAUUGGUGUAAUUUUGGAAUAGUAAUAAGACUGUUAUAUAAAUAUAUGUAUAUUCAGAGAGACAAUAUCAUUGCUCCGAAGCUAAUGAACAAGCCUACAAUUUUGUUCAUUUUGUUAUCAACUUUAAUGAAAUAAAGUGACUAUGAGUAUAUAU